UACUGAAAGCUCUUUACAGCUACUCGAUUAAAUGAUUGCGUUUUAAUAGACGUGAGCUGAAUUACUAAGCGAGUACAUUAAAAUAUUCUUACUGACAAAAACAACAUUAUAUGCUUGCUGUAGUGAAUGGGGGUCUGUUUAAGUGAGGCGGGUCGGAUUUGGUAGGAAACCGCGCGUUUACGUGAUUACGUCACGUCCGUAAACACAAAGUCAGGCGCGUAGGGUUGUGUUAGCGGAUUAGCGGUUACAGUAAGUGUAGGUAAUUUUACGAAACAGUCAGCUAGUCAUCACGGAUUAUGGCUCGUUCUAAACGGAAACCGUCACCUCGAGCCGCACAGAGUCUGCUAGCGAAACGGGAAAGCAGUAGAGUUCGCGGCAACACUAGAAUCGAUCUCGGCAGAGCGUUCGAGCGGUGGACGCAGUUCCGAGAUCUGAAGGGGUUUCAGAGCGACCCAGAGCUGGCUUUCUUCUUGCUGGACAGGGUUUGUGGUGAACAUCUUUCACAAGACAAUUCCAGUGAACCUCAGAGAAAGAGAGGAUCAACAUCUGCACUGAAAUCUGAGCCUAGUCCAGAUCUCCAGUCCACGAAUGUUGAGGUCCUUGAGAUCUGCUACGACGUCCCUCCCCUAUUGCUAUAUCAGCCGGAUAAACAAGCACAGCCUGAACGACUAAUAGAGGAUUCAGACCCAGAUGUCAGGAUGGGUUACAGUGCGGAACAAUACUGUAUGAUGGAGCAGAGUUCAUCUUCAAGCACAACUACAGAGGAAGACCACGCAGUGCUCUGGGAGGAAAGAAAGGAGGAACUCGCACAGACUGCCCUGCGAUUGGAGGAACGCUUAAAUGCCAUGAGAUCUUUGUCUGAUAUAGCAUCUGAUCCCAUUUCAAUGACAAGAGGAAUAGUAGAUCAGAAGGAAAGAAAAUGGGUGGUCAACAAAUCCAGUUUGACGGGACUGUUCAGAGCCUGCCAUCAGUGUGGAGAGCCGGUUCAGGAGUUUAAAACGUUAACAUCCGGGAGUCUGAUUCGGAUUCAGUGGGAAUGCUCAAAGGGACAUCUCAUGUGGCUCUUCCCCAACCAUAACCCAACAUAACACAGACAGGGAUGAACGUACUGCAGUGCAUCUCGAUUUGUUCAAAAUGUGAAUAUAAGAGAAAUAAAGUUUCUAUGCAGAAUUACAAAAUUGGGGAUUUUUUUUUUACUUAUAUUUCAGAGUUUCUGCGGGUCCCAAGUCUUCAAUUUAGUUUAUCAAAUUUAAGGCCAUAAAGGCCUAGUGUCACAGACAGGACUAGACCAUUGUUGAAUU